CUGACCUGGUAACGUCCACUACAUUCUCCCGGGGAGGAGGGGAAUUAUUAUAAACAAGCUGGUUGAAAAUUAUGAAUCCCUCACAACCGGCACUGUAUCUAAAAAUUAUGUUCUUGCAAGUAGAGUUUGUACCAAGACACGGCUGUGCAGUUGGACGAUGAAGAUGUAUAUCGCUAUGCGGCUAGCUGAUAGCAAGUUGCCUGGUUUGAAAUUCAGCUCUUUUGCUAGCUAGGUCACAGCCUCUAGAGAACAAAUAUUGUUGUGUUGAUGUCGGGAAACUUAUUGGGUGUAUGAUGAUAACGAUGUUAUGAUGCGUGUGUACAUUUAGCUUCACUGCUUUAUUGAGUUGACGCGUUUUUGUGGUGUUUUCCAUGUUGUCCGUAACCUUGUUUAUUUCACUCUUAUGUUAGCAAGUUAAAGGCUAAACCAGCUAGCAGUCCAAACAAUAGUGUUGUACGGUUGUACACUACAACACUCCUAGCCAGUUAGCAAAGUAGGGGAAUUGUGAUUCUUAAUAAGUGUUUAUCAUUAUACCUCUACGAAAAGGUUUGUAAGCUCCGCCGAUUACUGGCGUGAAGUAGGCUACAUGUUCACCAAACGAUUGUUAUGAUAGUUAUAGUGGUCAAAACUGUAAACGGAGUGUAACGCAAGCCAAGUUUCUCAACAAGUCUAUUUAUAGUUCAUAUUGAAUAUUUCAUUGUCCGAUUAUCUGUAAAGCCUUAAAUGAAAACAUAAAACGUUGGCUCUGUGAUUUUCGCAUAUCGCAAUCCAAUUUUAUUUUAUGCCGUGCAUAGACAGACAUGCUGAGUUAGGAGCCUCUCUUGUAGGCUACUGUCACUACUUCGCUGUCUAUACUCGGUCUUUGGAUUACAAUAGAUGUGCCAUAUUGUAGGCUUAGUUUGUGUCUUCUCUAAUAGCUAAUCUUGCUGAGGCACAUUUUUCUUGAAAAUCCAAUUGUUUAUGUACCAUUGUCUUAAUACCACAAUGCAGUUGGAAACUGCAUAGGUUAUUCCGGACUUAUUCAGAUGUGUUAGAGAUCAUAGCGUUAGUGGGUUAUUAAGUUCAUAUUAUUACCGUCUCAGCUCUUAAACCCCAGAACACUGAUGAGUGGACAAGACAAAAGCAUGAACACCAUGCUCGUCUGCCAGGAGAGCUAUGCCUGCGGCGGUUCAGAUGAGGCCGCUUACGAGUGUGACGAGUGUGGUAGUCUGCAGUGCGUGCGCUGUGAGCUGGAACUCCAUAGGCAGGAACGUAUGAGGAACCACGACCGAGUUAGAAUCUCGGCGGGCCAUGUGCCCUUUUGUGAUUCCUGCAAAGGAGAGAACGGAUCUCCAGUGAACGGCGGACGACUACGGGCGGUAGUCCGUUGUCAGGGCUGCAAAAUCAACCUGUGCCUGGAUUGUCAGAAGCGCACCCACAGCGGUAUGAAUAAACGGAAACACCCGCUCACACCUUAUCCCCCUGCCAAACAACCAGAGAAGAACCCCGCAGCAGGUGCUGAUGGAGAACUGGAAGCGCUUAAAGCCAAACUUGAGAAAGUCUCCAGUUUCCUUCUGGUGGAUGACAAAGAAGACAUGCAGGUUCAGGGUGAAGAUGACUUUGUUAGGAGGUUGGGCUGUGGACCAGAGGACCUCUUGAAAGUUGUGUCCAUCUUUGGCAACACCGGAGAGGGCAAGUCCCACACUCUCAAUCACACCUUCUUCCUGGGCCGGGAGGUCUUCAAGACAUCCCCCACCCAGGAGUCCUGCACGGUGGGGGUCUGGGUUGCUCUGGACCCCAUCCACAAGGUGGUGGUCGUGGACACGGAAGGCCUUCUGGGUGCCGGGGCCAAUCAGGGGCAGCGUACACGGCUUCUGCUGAAGGUUCUGGCCGUGUCGGACCUGGUCAUCUACCGCACGCAUGCCGACCGGCUCCACGACGACCUCUUCAAGUUCCUGGGCGACGCCUCAGACGCGUAUCUCAAGCACUUCACCAAGGAGCUGAAGGCCACCACGGCGCGUUGCGGACUGGACGUACCGCUGUCCACCCUGGGCCCCGCCGUCAUCAUCUUUCACGAGACUGUCCACACCAAGCUGCUCGGCUCAGACAAGCCGUCCGAGUCAGCCGAGAGGCUUCUGCAGGAACGUUUCCGGAAGCUGGGCCUGUUCCCUGAGGCGUUCAGCUCGGUCCAGUACCGGGGCACGCGCACCUACAACCCCCCCACCGACUUCAGCGGCCUGCUCCGCAGCCUGGAGCAGCAGCUGGACAACAACACUACCCGCUCACCUCGCUCCGCCAGUGUCAUUUACAAGGCUCUACAGGCCCUGAGUGAGCGCUUCAGCGGGGAGAUUCCCGAGGAGCACAUGGCGAGCAACUCCUUCUUCCCUGACGAGUACUUCACCUGCUCCAGUAUCUGUCUGAGUUGCGGGUCGGGCUGCAAGAACAGCAUGAACCACCUGAGGGAGGGCCUGCCGCACGAGGCCAAGCACCGCUGCCGCUACUCGCCUCACUGUGACAACCGCAUCUACACCUGCAAGGCAUGCUAUGAAAGGGGCAAAGAGGUCAUCGUUGUUCCCAAGACAACAGCAUCCUCUGACUCACCCUGGUUUGGUCUGGCUAUUUAUGCCUGGUCCGGGUACGUCAUUGAAUGCCCAAACUGCUCAGUGAUCUACCGAAGCAGACAGUACUGGUACGGAAACCAAGACCCCGUUGACACAGUGGUCCGUACCGAGAUCCAGCACAUCUGGCCAGGGUCCGACGGCUUUCUCAAAGACAACAACAACGCUGCCCAGCGACUCCUGGACGGCGUGAGCUUCAUAUCCCAGUCGUUCUCCGAGCUCAGCGUCAAGCCCACCAAAGCGGUCACUUCCUGGCUCACCGACCAGAUUGCCCCGGCGUACUGGACUCCCAACUCCCUCAUCACGAAAUGUCAUAAAUGUGGCGAGGCGUUCCAGGACAGCGACUCCAAGCACCAUUGCCGCGCCUGCGGAGAAGGCUUCUGCGAUGCCUGUUCGUCCAAGUCCCGGCCCGUGCCGGAGAGAGGCUGGGGACUCGCUCCAGUGCGGGUCUGUGACGCCUGUUUCCAGAACCGAGGCAUCCCAGAAGAUCUUUCUUUGGUCGUUCAAGCAGAGCUACUUGACGCAGCUUUGGAGGAGGAGGAAGGGGGGACAUUGAUCCCAAGGAAAGUGGGAGAAGUGGUGCAGAACACACUGGGAGCCGUGGUUACCGCCAUAGAUAUCCCCCUGGGCCUGAUGAAGGACGCCGCCCGGCGCUACUGGGUGCCCGACCAGGACAUCCGGUGCUGCCACCAGUGCCAGCGGGAGUUCAGCGCCCGCCUCUCCAUCCACCACUGCCGGGCGUGCGGGCAGGGCGUGUGCGACGAGUGCUCCCAGGACCGCCGGCCCGUUCCCUCCCGUGCUGGGACCACCCGGUGCGGGUCCUGCGUCGCCUGCAGCCAGAAGGAGGGAGCUCUAACUGGACAGGAUAGACAGACACCCCAGUGGAUGAAGGUGGGCUAG